AUGGCUGGGCAGCGGCGAGGUGCCGCGCCCCUCUGGGCGCUGGGCGGCGCCGCACUGGGGGUUGGUCUCGCAGGGGUCGCCGGGCAGCUGGUGGAGCCCAGCACGGCCCCGCCGAAGCCGAAGCCACCCCCUCUGACCAAGGAGACGGUGGUGUUCUGGGACAUGCGCCUGUGGCACGUGGUGGGCAUCUUCUCGCUCUUCGUGUUGUCCAUCAUUAUCACCCUGUGCUGUGUCUUCAACUGCCGCGUGCCGCGGACCCGGAAGGAGAUCGAAGCCCGGUACUUGCAGCGAAAGGCAGCCAAGAUGUACACAGACAAGCUGGAGACUGUGCCUCCCCUCAACGAGCUCACAGAAAUUCCCGGAGAGGAUAAGAAGAAGAAAAAGAAGGACAGUGUGGACACAGUGGCCAUCAAGGUAGAGGAGGAUGAGAAGAAUGAGGCCAAGAAGAAGAAAGGGGAGAAAUGA